AUGAUGUCAUACCUCAAACAGCCCCCCUACGGCAUGAACGGCCUGGGGCUCAGCGGCGCUGCCAUGGACCUGCUGCAUCCGUCAGUGGGUUAUCCAGGUAGGCUGCAACUCCGAUCCACGGAUCUGGCGACGCCAAGAAAACAACGUCGAGAGCGGACUACGUUCACACGGUCCCAGUUGGACAUCUUGGAGGCGCUCUUUGCUAAAACGCGGUACCCGGAUAUCUUCAUGCGUGAGGAAGUAGCAUUGAAAAUCAAUCUCCCUGAAUCAAGGGUCCAGGUGUGGUUCAAGAACCGACGAGCAAAGUGUCGCCAGCAGCAGCAGAGUGGCAGCAGUGCCAAGGCACGCCCGGCCAAGAAGAAGUCGUCCCCAGCCAGGGAAAGCACGGGCUCAGAGAGUAGCGGCCAGUUCACUCCGCCUGCCGUCUCCAGCACUGGCUCUUCCUCUUCCUCCUCCUCCACCAAUCAUGCGGCCGCCCUCAGCAGCACCUCUACCUCCAUCAGCACUGUGUCAUCUAUCUGGAGCCCCGCCAUCUCCCCUGGCAACGCCCCCGCCCCCGCCGUGGCUCCCCUCCCCGAGCCAGGACCCCCAUCCAACGCCUCGUGCAUGCAGCGUUCCGUGUCCGGUUCUGCCGCCGCCGCCGCCGCUUCUUACCCCAUGUCUUACAACCAGACAGCCGGCUACGGCCAGGGAUACCCAGCCCCCUCCAGCUCCUACUUCAGUGGGGUGGACUGUGGCUCCUAUCUGACUCCCAUGCACUCUCACCACCACCCCCACCAGCUUAGUCCCAUGACAGCCUCCUCCAUGUCUGGCCACCCGCACCACCACAUCAGCCAGUCCUCAGGCCACCACCAUCACCACCAUCACCAGGCCUAUGGGGGCUCCGGCCUGGCCUUCAACUCCUCUGACUGCCUGGAUUACAAAGAGCAGACAGCAGCCUCCUCGUGGAAGCUCAACUUCAAUGCCACAGACUGCUUGGACUACAAAGACCAGGCCUCCUGGAGGUUCCAAGUCUUGUAAUUCAACAUUUUUUUUUCUUGCUCCUUUUGGUUUCUUGCGUGUUGAUUUCUGAAGAAAAAAUUAGAAGUAUAUGGACUUUUAAAAAAUAACUUAAUAUUUGGAAGAUGAUCAACGAUCUUUUUUUGUAUCUAAAACCCUGGCCGUCCCUUCCAAAAGAAAUUAAAUUAAACUGAAUUUUUGCUUUUGCCUAUGAAGAAUUGUUUUAAGAUGACGAUGGAAGAUCUUUAUAUACUAAACUGUUUUAAAAACAAAAUGUUUCAACCAAACUCCUGUGAGUCUGACCACCAGCGUCUUCGCUCACGCUGUGCUCCUGUCUAAUGACAAGGAUUAACCGUCCGCACGCGUAAUGGAACUGACCGCACUGUACGCUGCUUACCUCCAUCCCAAUAAAAUCGUGUAUAGUUUUUAUUUCUGAAAUUUGUUAUUUUUAGGAUGAAAAAUAUUUUAGUCAGCUACGUAAAGGAGCUGAAAUAUGUAAAUAUGUAUUUGGGUCAGUUCCAUUGACCACCUUUAGUUGGUGUUUCUGAAUUUUAAAUUGUUUAUUAAGACUUUGAAACGACUGUAUGUAAAUCUUUCCAAAUAUUCCAAAGAGAACAAAUUGGCCAUAUAAAGUGAAGUUUAUAUACAUUGUUUUCCGUAUAAAAAAAAAAGUUACAAUGGCAAUGUAAUGGAGAAAUGAAAGCAAAAACAUUGAUGCAAAAAAAAAGAUUGGGUCCUGGUUGCAAUUCUAUUUGAAAAAACUCUCAAACAGGCCUCUUAAUUUGGGCAUGUUUGUCGUGACAACUUUUUACAGCAGCACUUGAUUUGAUGUUGGAGUCAAAUCAUUAGCCUGAGAAUGUUAACCGUUCCAAAUGCCGUUGAAAUGUUGAAUGUAUUUUAAGGCGACAACCCUUACAUACAUGUCCAUCCAAUAAAGUUCAGUUAACUCAUUUUUUUCAUAGUGGAUUUUGUUUCCUCCCCUAACU